AUCAAUUCAAUACAAGAAUCGCAUGCCUAUAUAUAAGAGAUGGUGUCGAAGUGAGAAGGAUAGGACAUAAGUGGAUGAACUGAAACCAUGAAGAGUCAUGAGCCCCGUUCAAGUUCUUCUUGUGCAGCUUGCAAAUUCUUGAAAAGAAGAUGCACCCCCAAUUGUAUAUUUGCACCUUAUUUUCGCUCCGAUGAGCCAAAGAAAUUUGCCAAGGUUCACAAGGUGUUUGGAGCAAGCAAUGUAAGCAAGAUCCUCAUGGAAGUGCCAGAGGAGCAACGUGAGGACACGGUGAAUUCACUUGCAUAUGAGGCCGAGGCAAGGCUUAGAGACCCAGUUUAUGGGUGCAUUGGUGCCAUAGCUUUGUUGCAAAGAAAGAUGGUUGAGCUUCAACAUGAACUAGCCAUUGCUAGAGCUCGUCUGUCUCGUUAUGCAGCUGUUGCUUCAUCAUCAUCAACACCUUCUUCUUUAUCAUCUUCAACUAUCUUGGAUGAUCGCAUUAGCAUAGCUCCUUUCCCUGAUGCUUUUUCUUGCAAUGGACUGAGUUAUAGUUUCAGCCAGAGUCCAUCUGAUUUGAGCCGAUAUGGACCAGUGAAUGAUUUUGGCCAAAUCCCAUAUGUAUUAUGAUUUGUGAUUCAUGAUUUAUGCUCUCUCAUGGUAA